GCAGAGCAUCUUCCUUCUCCUCAUUCACUCACUCUCUCUCUCUCAUCAUUGCCAUAACAACGGAUGCAGCGCAUCGGACUGAUCAACGUUCAUCAGCCGCGCGGGGCGGAAUAAACCCGCACUGGUGCCGUUAAGACUCCGCAAAGGUGACACGCACGCACGCGCCUCUCCGAACUGUUUACGUCUAACCGUUUAAGCCGCUUGAGGGAAAUCCUCACCGGGGUUAUUCGUUAACGGUACAACCGGGGAAAGCGAGGGAAGAAGGAGAAGCCGAGAGCAGGAAGUGCAGCGUGGGAAAGCGGGGAAAAUCUCCGGGGAUCUCCAGCACUCAUUUCUCCAUCUACGGUCCUCCACGUUUAGUUUUUUUCCGCCAUGGCUCAGGAGAACGGAGAGGCCAGCGGGGAUUGCUCGUGGAAGAAGCAGGUCGAUGAUAUCAAGGAGAUGUUUGAAUUCAAAGAGGUGCUUGGGACGGGUGCGUUCUCAGAGGUGGUCCUGGCAGAGAAGAGGUCCACGGGAAAGAUGUUUGCUGUGAAGUGCAUCCCUAAAAAAGCGCUGAAGGGGAAGGAGAGCAGCAUCGAGAAUGAGAUUGCCGUUCUACGCAAAAUUAAACAUGAGAACAUAGUGGCGUUGGAGGACAUCUAUGAAAGCUCCAAUCACCUCUACCUAAUAAUGCAGCUUGUGUCUGGAGGCGAGUUGUUUGACCGGAUCGUGGAGAAAGGUUUCUACACGGAGAAAGAUGCCAGUACACUUAUCAGACAAGUGCUAGAUGCUGUAAACUACCUCCACAGUAUGGGAAUCGUACACAGAGAUCUAAAGCCAGAGAAUCUGCUAUAUUUCAACCCUCAAGAUGGCUCAAAGAUCAUGAUUAGUGAUUUCGGUUUGUCUAAGAUGGAGGGGACAGGAGAUGUCAUGUCCACUGCCUGCGGAACGCCAGGAUACGUGGCUCCAGAGGUUCUCGCUCAGAAGCCAUACAGUAAAGCUGUGGACUGCUGGUCUAUUGGGGUCAUUGCCUACAUCCUAUUGUGUGGUUACCCUCCAUUUUAUGAUGAGAAUGACUCCAAACUCUUUGAGCAGAUCCUGAAAGCAGACUAUGAGUUCGAUGCACCGUACUGGGAUGAUAUAUCUGAUUCAGCAAAAGACUUCAUCAGCUGUUUGAUGGAAAAGGACCCAACAAAGCGAUACACAUGUGAACAGUCCCUUCGACAUCCCUGGAUCGCAGGAGACACUGCACUCUGCAAGAACAUCCAUGAGUCUGUCAGUCGACAGAUGCGCAAAAACUUUGCAAAAAGCAAAUGGAGACAAGCCUUCAACGCCACCGCCGUGGUUCGCCACAUGAGGAGACUGCAGUUGGGCACCAGCAUGGGGAGCAGCAUGGACCAAUCAAACAACGCCAACCAGAACCGCAUACUGAACGCCAACCAGAAUCCAAACCUACCGCCGAACACCACACCAAACUCCACUGCGGCACUUACCCAAAACCACAAAGCUGCUCCCAACGCAAACGCCGUUCUCAUUAACGAUGUGGCCACAGCAACCACCUCUAUACCACGCAAAGACUGUACUGCCCCUCCCCACACCUCCUGUUCCCUGGCAUCAGCUGCUUCCUCCUCUGCCUCAGGGGCGGAGCCCUGCAGGCCACUCCCUUCCUCAGUUGCAUCGGUGAGCACAGUGCUAACUGGGACCAAGUGACGCCAGGUUCUGCGGGGAGAGAGCUGGGAGGCCACUGCCCUGUGAGCCCCGCCCCUCAGCCCGCUCCCUGCCCUGCCGCCAAAUAAGGCAGAGGACUGACCCAUCACCAUAGCAACCACCGUGAGGCUCAAAACACUGCGUGCACCUAACGCACUCCUGCCAUUAAUCCUCCAGGCCACUAGAGGGUGCAAUGCAUGCAGCGGCAGGAGUCAGAGAUUCCAGCAGAAGGCUUCCAUUUUGAGAAGUGAAUUUGUGUGGCUGGACAGAACUGUGAUGUCUUUGCUAUGAGUGUGCUACGAACCUCUCCGGCCGUGAAAAAAACAAACAAAAAAAAAAACGAACGAUGAGCGCAGAGGUUUACGUGCGAAAGCGUGUGCAUGAUCAUGUCCGCACUUAUUGGAGGACAGCGCCAAUGUCAAAUGAUUCUUCUUACUAUAUCGUAACAUGUCUAGCUCUUCCCUCUUACCCUCUACUCACAUAAUCUACUCACGAUUUAUUAUAUUUCUCUUUAGCUACCAUUUUGAUCUUUUGGGGCUUUCCAAUGAUGUGUCGCGCUGACCUGCAGAAGUGCUUUUAAUAAUCACGUUAGACUGUUUUGCGAAAUUUUUUGAGUCGAGACUUCUGUUUGCACAUUUAUACGAGAGAACAGGUAGCGCAAUUGCUAGCGUUUUACGAGGUGGGAGAUUAUUGAUUUGUA